GAAAACUGCUCUACCUCGAUAAAUGGGCAAAGUCAAACGUCAAGCCCAAAGACAUUCGAACCAUCACGACAACCCUAGAAAAGGGAACAAGAGUAUUUCACGACGACAGCAUAGCCAAAAACCACCACCGGCUGUGAAAAAAGCUGCUGCGACCCAGUCUGCUCCUCAUGGCAAUCCACAAGCUCGGCUGAAAGUGUCAUUUACAAAGUUUGACAAUGUCCUACUUGUAGGUGAAGGUGACUUUUCUUUCUCACUGUCCUUGAAGCAACAUCAUAAAGUCAACCAGAUUACCGCGACAUGCUAUGACUCUAGAGAGACCUUGGAGACCAAGUAUCCCAAUGUUACUCAAACAUUGAGCCGACUGGGAGGCGUGGGUCACGAAACUCCAGCAACAAAAACUCCGGAAGAUGAGCCUACGAGCUUAGAUGAUGGGAACAUCAGCGGAGAAGAAGCAGAGUGGAUUGGCUUCUCACCACCGCCUACACCUGAUACUGCUGCAUCUACUGAUGGCGGAACUGGACAACAAACCUCAAAGGUACCGAAAGUGAACGUAAUCUACGGUAUUGACGCCACGAAGCUCUUCUCGGCACACAAAAAGGUCCUUCGAGCUUACGGUCCAUUCACGAAGAUUGUCUUCAACUUCCCGCAUGUCGGUGGUCUCAGUACGGAUGUCAACAGACAAGUCCGGUAUAAUCAGGAACUCCUGGUGGGAUUCUUCAAAGGUGCCAAGGAACUACUGUCAACCCCUACUCGUCCUGCGAAGGUGAUCAAAUCGGAUACAUAUGAUGAUGACGAUGACGAAGACGAGUACGAUGAUGUUCCUGAGAAUGAGAGUCGUCGAGAUCCAGGUGCCGUCAGUGGUCAAAUCCUUGUGACUUUGUUUGAAGGGGAACCCUACACGCUCUGGAACAUUCGUGAUUUAGCGAGACAUUCGGGGUUGAAAGUCGUGGAAAGCUUCAAGUUUCCGUGGUCGGCAUAUCCAGGGUACCAACAUGCGAGGACGAUAGGUGAGAUCACCACCGGCAAAGACAGGAGUGAACAGGGAAAGAGAAAAGGCGCAUGGCGAGGCGAGGAACGAGAUGCCAGGUGCUAUGUCCUCGAGGACAAAGAUGCAGAAGUAUCCGGCGGUCGGACAUCAAAGAAGAGGAAGAAGCGAGACCAUGACAGUGACGGUGAUGACGGUGACUAGACGACACUGGUCAGGUAGUGAGUACAUGAAGUUUACAAAGGGGUAGAUACUUGUAAAAGCG